AAUCUAUGACCUACGUGUGUCACAAAUAGAUACAUUGUAGCUAUCUUUAGGUGAAGGACUGCUGUAUGGACUUAGAUUUCCACGUGUACAGCUCCAGUAAAUAACAGAAUGUCACCUUGUUACUACAUGUACUCUGUCAAACAACUUUGUCAGUAGAAAAAGGCGCCAAAAUUCCAAUUUUCUAUAAGCUGAUAACCCUUCGCGCCUACGUUUUUUAAAAUUUUCGACUAUUUUCUCUAUAUCUAGGUCAUACUAAGCAACUUUUACUAUGGAAUCAACCCGAAAUCGCGAAAGAAAAUUGACCCUUCCUUAGGAAAACAUCAGACCAGCAAAAUGUAAAAAAAGUUUUUUUUUUAAUGUGAAGGUCGUAGCGUUAGGCAAGCAAGGGUGUUUAAACUUCGACCCAUAACCACAUACCCCGGUCUGACGUGUGCAAUUUGAUUUGAUGUUUAAAAAUUGUGAAGACAAGCAAAACAAGAUAUUGAUUAAAUUAUGAUUUUGUUAUAACAAACCGACCCGUGGGCCGGUAUUUUUUAUACUACGUCGGUGCAAACAAGCAUGCGGCCCGCCUGAUGGUAAGCCCGUAGCCUAUGGACGCCUGCAACUCCAGAGGUGAUAAUGGCCUAACACUCCGCACCCUCGUUGAGCUCUGGCAAUCUUACUCACCGGCAGGACACAACACUAUGAGUAGGGUCUAGUGUUAUUUGGCUGCGGUUUUCUGUAAGGUAACACAUAGUUCACCACAAAUCCCUAUUUCUAUAUAAAAUAGUAACAAAUUUUGUGACCCACUGUUAUGCAUUUAACAGAGUAGCAUAGGAAAUAUGUCUAAUAUAUCAUUAAAGAGCAACCCAACAUCUUAACCCUGUAAAUCCUGCGUGAGUUGCACUCGUAUAAAAAGUUGUAAAACACUUUGGAAGCAAAAAAGUGAGGGCGCGGAUCUCGGCUUUCUUGACAUGUCAGGUCUUUCUUUAGGUAGGUAGCUAAGUGAGAGCAUCUUAUUAACCCCCUAUGCGAAAAGAGGGGUGUAAAACUACUUUAAAAUGUGACUUGCCGUAAAGUUUUUAAACUAGACAUUUCGAUGCCACUACCACCGUUAUUUUAGACAAACAGCUUAUGUUUAUACUUAUACAAAUUUAGGGACAAAUUAGGUAAGCUAAUCUUCGAAGUAAUAACGUCCGCAGCAUGCUCGGCCGAAUUUCACCUUCCCAUUCCAUCGGAUUUAUUUUAUCACAGAGUUUCUAUGGUCACUUCCUGUCUCCAUCAUCAGAGCCCGAUGGUACCAUAAUAUUGCAUUGUCAUCCGACUUACAAAUGUAUGGAUUUUUCCAGCUUCAUCGGAAACCGGGAAGUGAGUCAAAUUUAUCUUGCAAGAUUUGACUCGUACAUACAGACAUUACCUAUACCAUUGAAAGUUAAAUAAAAGCUUGUAAUAAUAAGAACGAAGUCAUCUUAAAACGUCCAUUCAUUUUAAGUACCUGUUAAAAAUUUUACGCUUCUGUGCACGAAAAAAGUGACAAAUGAAUCAAUAAAAUCUUCAAAUGGAUUGUGUAUGGCGCCAAAAGGGUGUAAAGAACUGAAACCAACCAUUACUGUUGUACAAAUAAAUCUCAAGCUAAAAUGAUUCCUUUUUAUACUGAAUUAAGGGAUACAUCUUAAAAAUACAGCUGUAAAGUUAAGACUGCCACGUGGAAAGCACAUGUGUGUAGUUUCAAUAGUUUUUUCGCUAUCCAAAGCGCUCCUGUUAUUCCUGAAAGAGUCACGGGGGAGUGUGGACGCCGGCCAUUUUGUUUGCGCGGCAAAAGUUAGGUUAUGUGUCACGGUGACAGUUCCUGCCGUUUUAGUGACGUGAUACAGUGAUUGAUUAGUUAUCGGUAAAUGAACCCGAUAUGGCUGAAUUCAUCACACCUUACGAAGAUGACGGCCUAUUUCAAGAGGCAGAUGGCGUCACAGACCUACACGCUUAUUACAUGUCGCAAUUCAAUUUAGAAAUAGAAAAUAAAAGAAAGAGCGAUAACUUCAAAUAUGGAACUGAAGAGAGCUUCGAUUUUGAAGUCCUCGAUUGGAACAAUGGAACCACUCCCAACACUGACUUUGAAAUAAUCGAUGAGGUUAUCGAUAAGAAUAUCAAAGAGCAGAAUAUAAAAGAGGUGCUCUUGGAUCUAGAUAGCAUUGAAUUUGAUGAUAAUAGUUUUAAAAGCGAAUCUUAUAGUGAAACAAGAACUGAAAAUAACUUUUAUGAAGGAAAUAAUGACUACAUCGAUGACGAAUCUUUAAUUGAUGAGCUUUGUCGAGAAGAUGGUGAAAAUUCUAACUCCGGUUUUAAAGAAGAAUAUCUUGCUACUCCAACAGAACCUAACCAAUUACCUUCUAUAGAAACUGCUUUUGCGAAACGUUAUUGCAAUUAUAACGUAGAAGAAGUAUCACAAAAACAGUACUUUAACCAAACUAAUGAAACUAUUGUAAAUAGUAAUAAUAAUACAAAUGUGGUUAACAGUCUAGAGCAAUACAGUUAUCCGAACAACAUAUUGUAUAAUUUAGAUAGCGAUAAGACCUAUAUUUUACCGGAUACACCGACAAGUUGUACAGAAUUCAAUUUUGAACGACACGAAAGAAAAGUUUCAGUGUCAGAAUCGAUCGAAAGCGACGUGCAGAGUUCAACUUACUAUGAUGAAAACUCUGAAUUGUUAGACGAAGAUGAACUUUUUGUUAACUUAGAUGAUUUUGGUUUAAAUCUUGAGAGGGAGAAUGAAGAAGUUGAAAAUAAGUACAACUAUUCAACUGAAAGAAAAACAGCCAAAGACAAAUCACAAGGAGAACGAGUGUGCUUAUGGGAACAUUGCUACGAGAGAUAUCCGAAUCAGAAUACUUUGGUUGAACACAUUGAAAGAGCACAUGUUAAUACAUACAAAGGUGACGAAUUCAGCUGCCUGUGGCGCGAGUGCGCGCGCGCACGGCGCCCGUUCAACGCGCGCUACAAACUGCUCAUACACAUGCGGGUGCAUUCCGGACAUAAGCCGAAUCGCUGUCAUCACCCAGGUUGCGGCAAAGCGUUCUCCCGCCUCGAGAACCUCAAGAUCCACGUGAGAUCGCACACGGGUGAGCGCCCGUACGCCUGCCCUGCGCCGCAUUGUCGGAAGGCGUUCUCCAACUCCUCGGAUCGGGCUAAGCAUCAGAGGACGCAUUUUAAUGCUAGACCAUACGCCUGCGGAGCAGCCGGCUGCGGCAAGCGCUACACGGACCCCUCCUCCCUCCGAAAACACGUCAAGUCCCACCCCCACAUCACCAGCGUGCCCAGAACUUGUCUACCACCGCGACCUCGUCGGAUAGAGCAGGAACAAAUGGUGCCGAGCUCACCAGCAAAGCUGGCGACGCUUAGGUGUAUCAGGGAUAAGUUGACUGUGCCACGAUUACAGAGACUCUAGAUUCAAGGCUGUAACUUUGGCUGAACUUAUUCAAAGGCUAUGUAAAAGGUUACGCCAGCCCCUCAUACCUUCAGAAAUACUUCAUGUCCGACCCCCACAUCACCAGCACGCUGGGUACGCGGCCCAGGAUUUAUCUACCAUCGCGAUCUCAUUAGAUAAAGCAGGAACAAAUGGUGCCGAGCGGUAAAGUUACCACAGAGACAGCUGUAGACUAUGGUCAGAGGCUACACUAAACCUUACCUUUGGAAGUAUUUCAAAUCACGCCAGAAUACCUCCAGUGUACCCAUGAAUUGUCUCCUACCACGUUUCCGACGGAUGGAACAGUGUCAGAUGUUGCCAAAAAGUACUUAUCUCACUCGAUAUGCUAAUGCCUAGUACAUGACACUGCUGUUACAUCCAUAGACUAUACAAAAGAGCUCCAAACAAGCUGGCAGCGCUUGGUUGUAUUCAUCAAGAACAAGUUGACUGUGUUCAGUUACUAAAGAUUGUAACUCUGAAGUCCGAUGGGUUAAGGAGAUAAGAGAAGUUAAAUUGUAUGAUACCCAUAAUUGUUUUCCGUGGCAGCUAUUUAUAUCUUACAUGUAAAACCUGUUAUAGUCAGGAUGGCUGAUGUUAUUCUCGGCGAUUCUCUCGGAACUGUAAAGUUCUAAAGAAAUCUCAAAUCAUUAAGUCCUGUAGAAACUUAUCAAAUCUCGAAUAACGAAGUCCUAAAGGAACUUGUUAAAUCUACAUAGAUUUCGAUUAGGAGGAAAUUAAAUUAAAGACGAUUAAAAUAUUAACACAGAUAGGACAUGGUACAGCAAGACAUUGGGUAAUUAGUACUAAAGAGAAGUAAGGCAGAAAAAGAACGUGUGGUUUCAGGGUCGAUUUAAAUUAUGCUGUAGUUUUUUGAAAAAAAAAAAAUUAGUUAGUUUGAGGAGCGAAUAGAGAGGAAAUCCCAAUUUGGGACCAAAGAAAUUUAAGUAAGUACCUAAUAUUCAGUUGAGUUAAGAUAAUCCCAAAUGUUUCGUAACCUGGAGGAAGAUUUUGUAGAAUAUACAGUAAAUCUACAGAAAUACAGUUGCACUUAUGUUGUAAAAAAAAAAACAAAACAAUAAAAUCGGCCCUUGAUGAAAUGCCGUUUGAAGAUCGUAAGUAGGUAUUUUAUAAAGUAUGGAAAUGAGAAGGAUGGUGAAAAAUUAAAAUCUUAAGUUCUCUUCCCAGAACGUAUUUUGUUUUUUAAUAAUUAAUAUAAUUACUUUUGAUGAAGUACAAAGAUUCGAUUAGUUUGAUAACUUGUACAAAAUAGCUCAAGUUUCAUAAUAAAAUGCUCAUUUGAAAGACUGUAGUUGUAAGUCAAAUUGAUAAUUAUUCCAUUGUUUAAUGUAUUAGUUAAUAAAAAAUAUUCCUUUGUUUGAGAAACAAAAGAUCUCUAAGAAGCAUUUUUUAGAAAAUAUUUCAUAGUUAAGUUAAAGAGACCAAUAGAUAAUAUAAGGACCAAGUAGUCUUCCUAAAUAGAACUUCAAAAUGAACUCGUGCUCCGUACUAUUUUAAUAAUUACUUAUAUAUAAUCAUUAUUAUAUAUUUUUUAUAUUCAUGAUAUAAUUAGAAAAUUAUUUGUGAAGAUUUUCUUCAUGUUAUUUUGUACAUAUUUCAUACGACGUUUUCUAAUUGAUAUUGUUUAGUUUAUCUAAAGUUUAGUAUAAUGUCUUCCUAAAACACCUAUAAUUGCUCAAUUUAAAUACUUAUAACUGCCCAGUUACUGGGAAAGAUGGUACAGAUCGCAUUCAUAGUUUUUGCCUUAGAAUAAUAAAACCUAGAAAUCUAAAAGUGAAGUCACAACACGAGAAAGUAUUUUAAUUUUUUUCACUGUUACAAAGGAUCUGUGGAUUAUGUCACAGUAUUUCAAUGCAAUGGUUCCACUCCCGUUGCUAGGACAUGAUAUUAUCUUCUAGGUUUUAUUAUCCUCAAGUUUGUGAUCGGUCUGUUUAGUGAAAUAAUUAUGCGUCUUUAUGUAAAUUUGCAUUGUUUUUUUUAUUAUUGCGUUAGUUAAGCUUGUACAAAUAUAGAAAUAUAGAAUGCUUUCCAAAGAAUCUCGCGAGUAUAUAAUUUUUAAGUAUUUUUCCAUUGUAAGAUCUCCAAGUAUUUGUUAUUUUUAAGUAAUUUUAAAUGAUGAAAUACUUUAGCGGCAGUUGCUGUCACGCUCAGUAGAGAUACUUAAUAAUUGUUUCAAAUAAAUAUUAAAGUUUAA